AAAGAGCGCGCGGCCGGCGUCCGAGGCGGUUGGUAUUGGGAAGCUGGUGAAGCGCGAUUUAAGGCAAUUAUUUCCAGCCAGAGAAGGAAACCAGUGCUUGGCAUUCUCAUCAGCUUUCUACCUGCCAUGAUCAAGUGCUUGUCAGUUGAAGUCCAAGCCAAAUUGCGUUCUGGUUUGGCUAUAUGCUCCUUAGGCCAAUGUGUGGAGGAGCUUGCCCUCAACAGUAUUGAUGCUGAAGCAAAAUGUGUGGCUGUCAGGGUGAACAUGGAAACCUUUCAAGUUCAAGUGAUAGACAAUGGAUUUGGGAUGGGGAGUGAUGAUGUAGACAAGGUAGGAAAUCGUUAUUUCUCUAGUAAAUGCAACUCCAUACAGGACUUGGAGAACCCCAGGUUUUAUGGUUUCCGAGGGGAGGCCUUGGCCAGUAUAGCUGACGUGGCCAAUGCUGUGGAAAUUUCAUCCAAGACAAACAGGACAAUGAAAACUUUUGUGAAACUGUUUCAGAAUGGAAAAGCCCUGAAAGCUUGUGAAGCUGACUUGACUAGACCAAGUGCUGGGACAACAGUAACAGUGUAUAACCUAUUUUAUCAGUUACCUGUAAGGAGGAAAUGCAUGGAUCCCAGACUGGAGUUUGAGAAGGUUAGGCAGAGGAUAGAAGCUCUCUCACUCAUGCACCCUUCCAUUUCUUUCUCUUUGAGAAAUGAUGUUUUUGGUUCCAUGGUUCUUCAGCUCCCUAAAACCAAAGACAUAUGCUCCCGAUUUUGCCAAAUUUAUGGACUAGGUAAGUCCCAAAAGUUAAGAGAAAUAAAUUUUAAAUAUAAGGAGUUUGAGCUUAGUGGCUAUAUUAGCUCUGAAGCACAUUACAAUAAGAAUAUGCAGUAUUUGUUUGUGAACAGAAGGCUAGUUCUAAAGACAAAGUUGCAUAAACUCAUUGACUUUUUAUUAAGGAAAGAAAGUAUUAUAUGCAAGCCAAAAAACGGCUCUGCCAGUAGGCAGAUGAAUUCAAGUCCUCGGCUUCGGUCUCACCCAGAACUCCAUGGGGUGUAUGUAAUCAAUAUGCAGUGCCAAUUUGGUGAAUAUGAUGUGUGCAUGGAGCCAGCAAAAACCCUGAUUGAGUUUCAGAACUGGGAUACUGCUUUGGUUUGCGUUCAGGAAGGAAUAAAAAUGUUUUUAAAGAAAGAAAAAUUAUUUGUGGAAUUAUCAGGUGAGGACAUUAAGGAAUUUAGUGAAGAUAAUGAUUUUAGUUUAUUUAGUGCUACUCUUCAGAAGCAUGUGUUCUCUGAUGAAAAGUGUGACCAGGUCAGUUUCCAAGAAGCAUGUAAUAAUAUUUCGGAUUCCUAUGAAAUGUUUAGUUUGCAAUCAAAAGCUGUGAAAAGAAAAGCUGUAGAAAACAUAAGCACACAGAAUUCUAGGGAUUCGGAAGCUAACAGAAAAAAGACAAAUGAUUCAUUUUUGUACACUUGUGAAUCAGAUGACACAGGCCAUGGUAAAAUGACAGUAUUAUCUUUACAAAACAAAGCUAGCUCUUGCUCAGAAUCAAGGAUCUUAGAACAAGAGAGAGCUGAAGCAUCAGAAUCAGGAGAAAAGGAGAAACAUAAAAAAUCUUGUUUGGAGCUUAACUCUUCAGAAAAUCCAUGUGGAAGCAGUUCAGAAAUGUUUGCAAGCCCUUUUCAGACAUUAGAUCACUUUGAGGAGAGUGGAGAAGAUCAUGAAAUACAGAAAGUAAGUACCACUGUUAACAGCCUGGCUGCCACCGACAUCCUCAAAAAUAACAGAAUUCAGAAUCAACUAGAGACAUUGAAAGAGGCUACUGAAAGGGCAUGCCAACCUCUGCCUUUUGAGACAACAUUACUGAGAGUAUGUGGUGCUGAGGGAGAAGAAGAGGAAAGAAGAAAAGAACCUAGUAACUGUGGAAGAAUAAACGUUUUUAGUUAUGGACAAGUUAAAUUAUGUUCCACUGGCUUUAUAACUCAUGUGGUACAAAAUGAGCAAACUGAAUCAACUGAAGCAGAACAUUUAUUAAAAAAUUGCAUUCAGCCUGGUCCUGUGAGUGCCAAAGAAACAUUUGGAAAUAGAACUCGCCAUUCACUUGAGACCCCAAGCAUCAAAGAUUUAACCAGCACUUUAAGUAAAGAAUUUGCUCAAUUGCCCAACGAAAAAUUGUGCAGAACAAAUAUAAGUUAUGGGCUAGGGAACAAACCUAUAGCAACUUACAAAAAUUUUGCUAUUCUUCAGGAAAGCAGUAAAAAAUCACACACAGGUUGCCUAUUACCUGACACGUCCACUUUCUUGUGGUAUACGCAUGUUUCAAAUGGUAGUAAGAGAGCAGAUAAGUUGAUAGGUUCCUCCAGACCCACAGUCCACAAGAAGCUAAGCUUAAAUUCACAACUAGGAUCUUUAGAGAAGUUUAAGAGGCAAUAUGGGAAAGUUAAAAAUCCCCUGAAUACGGAAGUGGAGGAAAAUAAUAAUUUUGAAAUCACUACCAAUCUCAGUCCUCAAGUUGAACCUGACAUGCCACAGAGAGACAAAAACCACUUAGACAAUUCUGAUAUUUGUGAAAUCACUACUAUGAAACAUAAUGAUUCAAAUAGUCAUUGUCAACCAGUAAGUCACACCCUUUAUUCAGAAAAGUUUCCAUUUUCCGAGGAAGAAGACUGUUUGGAACCACAGAUGCCUUGCUUAAGAGAAAGUCCUAUAACUCUAAAUGAGUUAUCACAUUUUAACAGAAAAUCAUUGGAUGUUGAGAAGUCACCCGAAUCACUAGCCUCUAAAUUAUCCAGAAUGAAAGGUUCUGAAAGAGAGACUCAAACAGUGGAGAGGAUGAGUCAUCUUGAACUUCCACAGUCAGAUUCCAGUAGGAAAGGCAGUGACUUGUGCAGUGGGUUAUCCCUAGAUUCUUGUAAGUUACUUAAAAACGAGCAUAAAAAAACAGAGAGUGUUAUCAUCCCAAUGUCAGACACUGUCACGCAGGAUAAUUCUUUCAAUAAAGAUAGUGAAACAUAUUCUAAGAACAAUACAACAGAGAACUCUGUGAUAUCAGAAACUCCUUUGGUAUUACCCUAUAAUAAUCCUGCAGUUAUCAGUGAAGACUCUGAUGUACUUAUAGCUUCAGAACAAUGGAUAGGAAGUCCUAACUCUCCCAGUAGAAUGUUAAUGAGUCUCAUGGACGAUUCCACAGCCAACCCCAGUGGAACUUGUUUUCAGAAUGAGGAAUCUAUAGCAAGAACUUGUUCUGCAAAUGAAGAGUCAAGCACAUGUUCUUUGGAUUGGCAGCAGCACUUUGAUGUUGCCUUGGGAAGAAUGGUUUACAUCAACAAAAUAACUGGACUUAGCACAUUCACUGCUCCUACUGAGGACACUCGAGCUGCUUGUACUAAGGACCUGACAACUGUGGCUGUGGAUGUCCUACUUGAGAAUGGAUCUCAAUACAGGUGUCAUCCUUUUAGAAGCGACCUUGUUCUUCCUUUCCUCCCUAGAGCUCGGGAAGAGAGGACUGGGAUGAGACAGAAUAACAGAGAUACUGCGGAUGAUGCUGUUGGUAGUGAAUCACUUCAGUCUUUGUUCUCAGAAUGGGACAAUCCAGUAUUUGCCCGUUAUCCAGAGGUUGCCGUUGAUGUAAGCAGUGGUCAGGCAGAGAGCCUAGCAGUUAAAAUUCACAACAUCUUGUAUCCUUAUCGUUUCACCAAAGAAAUGAUUCAUUCGAUGCAGACUUCACUUUCUACUCUUAACCCAUUCAUCUUCCUCCCAAUAGAUUCCUAUGAGAAGCAACAGCCACAAGGUUCUGGUCGGAAAAAAUUAUUGUCUUCCACGAUAAGUCCUCCACUAGAGAUACCAGUGACCGAGGAGCAAAGGAGACUCUUAUGGUGUUACCACGAAAAUCUGGAAGAUUUGGGCCUUGAAAUUAUAUUUCCAGACACUAGUGACUCUCUGGUCCUUGUAGGAAAAGUACCACUCUGCAUUGUAGAAAGAGAAGCCAAUGAACUUCGAAGAGGAAGGUCUACUGUGACCAAGAGUAUCGUAGAGGAACUUAUUCGAGAACAAGUGGAGCUACUCCAGACCACAGGAGGCAUCCAAGGGACUUUGCCACUGACUGUCCAGAAGGUGUUGGCAUCCCAAGCCUGCCAUGGGGCCAUUAAGUUUAAUGAUGGCCUGAGCGUAGAGGAGAGCUAUCGCCUUAUUGAAGCUCUGUCCUGCUGCCAGCUGCCAUUUCAGUGUGCUCAUGGGAGACCUUCCAUGCUGCCAUUGGCUGACAUAGACCACUUGGAGCAGGAAAAACAGACUAAACCCAAUCUUGCAAAACUUCUUAAAAUGGCCCAGGCCUGGCGUGUCUUUGGAAAAGCCGGAGGAUGUGAUCCAAGACAAAGCCUGCAGGCAUCCAUGCCUCCUUGUGAGCCACCAUGAGAACAGGAUUAUGGUCCGUAAGGAGCCAAAGGGAUGCUAACUGUACGCCUCUGGGCAGACAGCAUGAAGAGCAGGCACUGGCAGAGCUUUAACUGAAUCAGCCUGUGCACAUGAGCAAUAUACCAUAAGUCCUGCUGGAGCAGAGGAUCCCGCUAGUCGAGGAGCCAGAUGGAAUUCAAGCUUGAAGACAGCUCAUUCAUCUGAAUCCAUGGGCACUGGAGGUUGCCCUAUAAUAUCUAUUUUUUUGUAACUUAUUUAGGGAUAAAAUGUGAUGAUUAAUUGUC